AUGGGAAACACUGAAUGAAUGAAUGCUAUCAGUUGUUAUUAUAACAAAAACGCUUCAACCCGACCGAACGAGAGUCUCGAGGCCUGCCGCUGCGCUGAGUGAGUGACAGGAGGCUGCGAUGUGCGUGAACUCGCUGUCAUAUGGAUACUGUAGAGAAGCGGUAUUGAACGGUUUAACAUAUUUUAGAGACAUGUUUAGAAAAAAUAUAUAUUUUAGCAGCACUACUAAGGGGGAGGUUGCCGCUUGGUCUGGAGCUGAAUUGAAUAUCACACUAAUUUUGUUAUUGGCUGUUAUGUGGUGUGGGGCCAGGGUGGGCCAAGCCUCUGAUUGGGUGGGCCUGCUUUGACUGCUGUUCCAGUGCACUUUCACGGGUAGAAGGUUGGAAAAACACGGGUUACGGGUUGCCUGGAACGCGGCAUUAUUUCUCCCUGUUCUUUGUCCUUGUCUGCGUCCGGGAAUUGAUGUUUGUAAGUAGCACUUGCUCCUAGUAAUCUGGCUAAAUCUCUCUUCGUGUGUGUCUUAGCAGUCUGUUUUCUGAGUCUGAGUUCCAGUCCCGGUCGCAGUCCUAACCCAGACUGGAUUCCUGCUGUCGCUCCGCUGAACUGAGAGCCGGUCGUCUGGCGUGGUCAUUGCUAUCCGUCAGUACGGCACUUUACCAACUGCUCGCGCAUCUCUCCAGUGGGACUACAGACGCGGACUUGUGACUUGGGACACCGCCUUUGUUCUGUUGAUCGCCAGCUGCAACGAACCUGUUUCUCUUCGCCUGGCAGAAGUGUUUCUGUUUGAUUUGUGGGAACUCUAAUAAACUAUUUUCAAGCUUCUUUUCGCUUCUGGGUCUUCCAGGCUCCCCUGACACGCAGAUAGGGUAUGUUGUAACACUGCAUUAUGUGCCCCAUUACAGCUAUGCUAUUCUAUACAGUUACCGAUAUAAUUGUAAUAGUUAACUUUUAUGAAUUUCUGUUGAGAAACCAUGGGAAAAAAACUGAAUAAAGACUAAGAGGAAGAACUGAACAUUUAGAAAAUAUUAUUUCGAGAAAUGUAGCCUAUAGCAUUUGUACUGGCUCGUCUAUUUAUCUCCUGUAAUGUGAGAGCAGUGAGUGGAGUGAAUGUAUGUCUGGAUGUUUCUUCAUCUGUUUGCCUGUAUUUUGACCUAGACUGUAUAGUUGUAUUUUGCAGUGUUCAUUGUCAAACUACAAAAUUAUUAAAUUAGAUUUUGUUUUUUAAAUGCUAUUAUUUUAUAUGUAAAAAAUAAAAAUAGUUUUUAUUGACAAAAUAUUUUAGUUUGUAAUGUGUAUAUUUUUUCAUUAAAUCAGAUAACAUUUUAAGCUGUCAUAUGGUCAACGUGCUCCAUCCCAUGUUACAAUGUGCCCCUCGUAUGGGGCAUGUUGUCACAUUUCACUUACUACCUUCUUUCGGGCUAAAUAAUAAUAAAAAAAGUAUACACGGUAUUCAUGAAACAAAGCCACAUAUUUGUACCAGACAUCUGUGAAUGUGGAACAAAAGAAUUUCUCUGAACCCUAAGCUACACAAACUGAGAAAGUCAAAAAAGCGUUAGGUUGUGUCCUGGUCUCCCCUACAGAUCGAGAUGUCUUUAGAGUUUGAAAAGUCGCGGUGGUGGGAGGAGAUCAUCAUUUCUCUCCCCUUGUGCUCGCGUUGCAUUUCACUGACAGUACUAAUACUGUGUCAGAAUGAAAGUUAUCUUCACACUGACCGCACGGUGAAAACGACCUCCAUCAGAAGACAGGAGAGGGCGGUUCAGACAUCUGGAGGACAUCAUCGCUCUAAAGCUCCUGUUUGCUAUCCUUUACGAUGUAUGAACAUCUGUAGUUCACAAGAAUGAUUGUUCUCGUCUUACUAAUCUUCGGAUGCGAUUCAUUUCUGCAGUGGGUUUGGGAUUUCAUGUAUGAGAAGCGUCAUGUGCUCCUCAUGUCACCCCACUGGAGCGUGUGCGCAGCUUUCAGCACUCAUCUAAUCUUCUCUGCUCCCUUCAUGCUUCUGGAUGUGUUCAGUACACACGUGGAAUGGAUUCAUAAGUACAGUAUACGCCGUGAAGUCGUUGGCGUGCAUCAGUGGUUUCGAUGUGCUUCUCGAAUUUUAUGGAAAUAUAUGGUUGGCGUUUUACCGUUAACCGUUUUAUUUUUGUCAGUACGGCGCAUGCAUUUCCCAGAAAGAGCACCGUCUUCAUUCCAUGCAUUCAGGGAAUGUGUCUCAUGCAUGCUCAUUUUCGAUACGCUGUUCUUCAUGUUUCAUUACACCAUUCACAAAAUGCCCUGGCUGUUCCACAACAUCCACCGCAUUCACCAUCUGAACAGAGACACUUUUGCUCUGGCAGCUCAAGACUCCAGUAUUUCUGAACUGCUGUUUCUACAAACCCUUGCAUUUAUCAGUGCCAUGCUGGUGGGCUGCCACCCAUUUAGUGAAAUCCUUUUCCAUCUGGUUAACACCUGGAUGGCAGUGGAGGACCACUGUGGAUAUGACUUUCCUUGGGCACUGCAUCGGUUGCUGCCAUUCUUUGGUGGGGCGCCACACCACCUGGCCCACCAUCAGCACUUUAAAGGGAACUUCGCCCCCUACUUCAGACACUGGGAUUACAUCUUUGGGACCUUAUUGCCCAUUCCAGUAAAUGAAGGAGACAAUUAGUAAGGUGAAUCCAGGUUAACUGGGCCACUAUAUGACAAUGAGAUUGUAAAUAAAAAAACUAUGAAAAGGGUCUGAUUGUAUCUGAUUUCACCCAUGAACUGUCAUUUAAUAACCCAGUUUUUGUCAAAGAUUUAUAAAUUUUCUUACUGAAUUAAGUCCAGAUAAACCUAGGAACAUCAAGUUAAUUUAUAAUCAGAAAAUUUAGACACUGGCAAGGCCUCAUUUUUUACUCAGCUUAAACUGUGUGGAUGUUUUAUACAUGUUUUGAAUACUGGCUAUUUGCAUUAUUGUUGUAUAUUAAGU